GUUUCAGACUUUUGUCUGUAGCGCGAGGCAGUGGGGCUGUGGGAAUAGAGAACUUUGUGGGAGAAGUUUGUUCUCGCGGAUGAGCUGUUCGAGGUAGUGGUGGCGUGCGCGAGCACCCGCCAUACAGCCAGGAAGUCGCGGUAGAGAAAUCCGGUUGCAAAAGUUACUCAGGAUAUCUCGCUUAGGAGAUCAGGAACGUGUAAGGCGUUCAGCGGGUUUUAACCGGGGAUAAAAUAUCGGCGGAGCGUAGCACACACGGCAAGAGCGCACGGCGCGAGAUCUUGAAGCGGUGAACGGGUUAGACGGGUGGUGUGUUUUUCAUGGCGAUCAGUUAUUCAUUAGGGAAAUAUCGUACGCUGCCAGCGAUGUACGAGAUACGGGAAAGGUGAAGGAGGUGCUCACCGGACCUGACCUGCCCGAGAGGAACACCGUGAAACGUAGCUUCUCACGUAUACACACACACAGUGCGUCACCGCCCAUAUGUGAUGUGUUUCGUGCGUCCGAGCGAAUGAGUAAUCAUGUACUGUCAAGACAAGGGCUCGACCGCCUCCAAGAGCAAAGAGGCAAUAUCAAAAGAAGAGGCUGAUGAUGCUGCAAACAGGGGUCAACUGCCAUAUAAUGGCUAUUCUGAGGAGUUCCUAGACCGUUUAGAACCAAACGGCAAUAUACCUGCGGAUAAGGAUCGCCGUUAUGAAUGGACAGGUGUGGGCGACCAUGAGAGAGUGCAUCGGCAGCUUUCCGUUUCUAGUGAUUCCAAGCUUCUUGACGAGGAUAUACGUGAAGAAGCUAGAGUAAUCUUAAGACCUCGGCGUCCACCGCGACCCAAGUCAGAGGUCUUCCUUGGGCCAGAUCCACCUCCUAGAAGAACCAAAAGAUUUUCAGCAUUUGGGGGAGAUUCUCCUUUUGGUAAAUCUGAAGCUUAUAUAAAAUUGGAACAAUUAGGCGAAGGAUCUUAUGCCACAGUGUUCAAAGGCUAUAGUCAUCUUACAAAUCAAAUGGUGGCACUUAAAGAAAUUAGACUACAAGAGGAAGAAGGUGCUCCAUUUACUGCCAUUCGCGAGGCAAGCCUUCUUAAAGAAUUGAAGCAUAGCAAUAUCGUUACUUUACACGAUAUAAUUCAUACGCGCGAGACUCUUACUUUUGUUUUUGAAUAUGUUCAUACUGAUCUAUCGCAAUACAUGGAGAGGUAUGGAAGUGGUAAUGGUGGUUUGGAUCCACGAAAUGUUAAACUGUUUUUAUUUCAAUUAUUAAGAGGACUGGCAUACUGUCACCGCAGGAGAGUAUUACAUAGAGAUGUGAAACCACAAAACUUGUUAAUCAGUGAAAUAGGGGAACUCAAACUAGCAGACUUUGGUUUAGCGAGAGCUAAAUCUGUACCGUCACACACAUAUUCACACGAAGUUGUGACAUUAUGGUACAGGCCACCUGAUGUUCUUUUGGGAUCCACAGAGUAUUCUACCUCGCUUGACAUGUGGGGAGUAGGUUGCAUAUUUAUGGAGAUGUUGACUGGUGAACCAACAUUCCCAGGUGUACGCUGUACAUACGACCAACUUGAUAAAAUAUUCAAAGUAUUGGGUACUCCUACUGAAGAAACUUGGCCUGGUGUCACGCACCUGCCAGGAUAUAAACCACAUAGACUGGGAUUCUAUCCUCCACGAAAAUUGGGUCUUUCAUUUCCUAGACUCUAUGAUAUUGCUGAAGGUGAUAGUAUGGCAUCGUCACUUCUACAGUUAAAUCCUGAUCAACGGAUAGGAGCUGAAGAAGCGUUAAGGCAUCCUUAUUUUGCCUCUCUUCCUAGAAAACUAUACGAAUUGCCUGACGAAGUAUCGAUAUUUAGUGUUGAAGGUUGUCAUUUGUAUACAAAUUCGAGGCACGGGUGUGCAGAUUCGCGUCACACGGCUCUUAAGACUUGAGGUUAAACGUAAAAAAAAAAAGAAUAAAAAGUAAAUAAGUAAUUCCCAAAUUUACAUGUUCAAUGAAACGGUCAUUCUCAUACAGAUCAGAUUCACACUGGCAGUUUUGCCUUAACUUAUUUACGCAUUAUUUCCACGCGCGUCAAUCGCUCUUUCUCAGGGCUGCUCUACAAAUUCCAGUCAUCCUUCACAUGUACACACAUGACACAGACACGACAUACACGUAUACAUAAUUACACAUUCGUUUUUAUUUCUUUUUCUUCUUUCUUUUCAAAACUAGUACACAUGUAUCAAAUGAAUUAACGAAGAUAAAUUAUUAACUGGCAAAGAAAAUACGAAAGUAAGCUAUCUGUGGCUAAAUGAAGUAAAACGAUUUUAUGAGAUUCGCACGCUCGAUUUAGAAAGCAAAAGCACGCACGACCCAUCCUCGCACUUCGUCCAAAUACUAGAUUUAGAUUGAUACCAAUCAAAAAAGAAAAAAAAAAAAAAAGUA